AUGGCGACAGCUGCGCAGGUUAAUGAGCGUCUUAGUGACACGCGCGCACCCGCUCUGCCAGAUGUGGGCCCUGGGGCGCGCCGCGUUCCCGCUGGCUAUAAGUUCUCGAAGGCGCGCGGGACCCAGGGUUUGGGGCGGCACUGCUCCGGACCUGACGUCAGGAAUAGAUGGGAGCUUCGGAGGUUAAGCGUCUCCCUGUCCUGGGACAUAGAACCUGAAAACAAGAGGAAGAGGACCGCCACGACGCUGGGAGCCCGGGUGCCAGGGCGUGGCGAGCAGCUAGCAGCCUUUAUUCUCACCAUACCUGAAACUGCUCCCAUCGAUACUGUGGCUCCAGCUCCUAUAGAGAAGUCUCCCGCCAAGAAGAAGAUGGCAAAAAAGACUAAGUGCAAGGCCACAGGGCCUACAGUGCCCGACCUCAUAACUAAGGCUAUUUUUGCCUCUAAGGAGGAUGGUGGCGUAUGCCUGCCUGCCCUUAAGAAGGCACUGGCUGCUGGUGGCUACCAUGUCAAGAAGAACAACAACCGCAUCAAGCUUAGGCAUAAGAGUCCAGUUAACAAGGGUACCCUGGUGCAGACCAAAGGAACCUGUGCCUCGGGUUCCCUCAAGCAUAACAAAAAUGUGGCUUCCAGUGAGGCCAAGCCUAAGAAGACGGGCGCUGCUGAGGUUAAGAAGCCUGCAGGUGCCACCCCUAAAAAGCCUAAGAAGGCUGAGGGAGCAAGGAAUCCUGUGAAGAAAACUCCAAAGAAAGCAAAGAAGCCUGUGGCAGCUGGAGUAAAGAAAGUUGACAAGAGUCCUAAGAAGGCCAAGGCUGCUGCCAAGCCUAAAAUGGUGGCAAAGAGCCCGCCAAAGCCCAAGGCGGUGAAGUCUAAGGCUUCCAAACCUGAGGUUAUCAAGUCCAAGGCAGCUAAGCCUACGACUGCCAAGGUAAAGAAGGCUGUUUCCAAAAAAAAUGUAGGUUUGCUUAUGACUGCAACAAAGCCCCACGUUGGGCGCCACCUGUAGCUGUCCAGCCACCAUGGCUGAACUGGGCCACCUGAAAGGAGGGCUGGAAAUGAAAAGGACAGGGUACAAGAGAAGGAUGAAGACAAGACAAGGUUCUGAUCAAGGCUCUAAGUUUAAUAUUCAACACUGCGUUUAUAUAGGACAAACCCACAGACCCGUCCUCUGAAUUAUGUUGCAAGCUCAUUCUAUUUUUCUAAUUUCCUGUAGGAAAUUGCAGGUGCAGGAAGGGGAAGACUCUACCUGGGUCGUUAAACCCAUUGUGGCAAGCACUCAAAGUCUGUUUAGUCUGCUCAAGGCUCGGGGAAAGGCAUACAAAUAGUUAAGGAACAGGGGUGGUAAAAACCUGAGGUUACACUCACUAUCUAGUAACCCACAUAGGGCAGCCCUCAAACACCUGUAACUUGAGCUCCAAGGGAUCCAGCACCCUCCUCUGGCCU